AUGUUUCGGUCCGUUUCUCGUUCAUGGAAGGCUCUCGGGCCACUUCUGAAGACAUCGACGCUUAUCAGAAGGUCGAUACAACCGUCAUGCAUUUUGCUUCGUCCCACCGUUUUAACAUCCAGUCUAAACAGGCGACUUUUUUCUUCCAAAGGUAUGCAAGUGUGGCUUAUUUAUAUAUCCAUACAGUUGACCGACAAUUCUCGGAAAUUCUCGCUGAAGAAAUUAAACAGGAAGCGGAAAGUGCUUUCAAUUCUCGACCACCAAGUGGCUUUCAAGUCAAGAAGUGCGAGGGAACCGAGGUCUUCCUUGAGAAAACCUUCCCCGAUGGCGUGUAAUAUACACAAUUAGGUGUAUUACUCUACCUGUAGAAUCAUGGAGGUUGAAAUGGACCUUGCUGGGAGUAUAGCUCCAGAGGAUAUUGACGAAGCCGAUGAACCAGUAAAAGAGUCUGAGGGUCCGCUUGACGCUCGGCCGGAGUUUAAGAUCCGCUUGAAAAAGCCAAGCGGUCGUACAGUUGUAUUCCACUGCAGCUUCCCCUCGAAGUAUGCCGAGGACGCUAAUCCUGGAACUGAGCAACAAUCGAAACUGCGUAGGUUUUCCGUUAUUUACUAAAGUGCACUAGCGACGUUCUCGGUGGAUAUGGUCGAAAUGGAGCGUUUGCCGGGGUACUUCGUCUAUACUGAUCUGUUCGAUGACGUAAGUGCGCUUACUUUGUCUUUUACUGGCAUCAAAUAAAUUGCACCCUCUAGUAAACUUAGAUGUGUCGUAGGUGUCUUUAGUCUUGAUAGUUGUCCCUGGCCGUCUUCUUUUAGAAUAUGUAUGAGCACACCGUGCGUCUCUUGACCGACCGUGGUAUCGAUAGCGACUUCCAACAGCAGCUCCAGGACUUCGCUACUUCAGAGGAGCACAAGUUGUACACGUCGUUCUUGGAGGAGUUCAAGUCGUACUGCAAGGAAUAA